ACUAAAGCUGGGAGUCCGGUGAAGGGGCAGAAGCAGGGCCAUGCCCAAGCCACCCCCAAGAUCCCCCUGAACCUUCACCUCCAUCACAACCCAUUCAGGUGCCUCCAGGAGCCCAGACAUCAGCCCCCCACCAUGGGCAGCAAGGAGCGCUUCCACUGGCAGAGCCACAACGUGAAGCAGAGCGGCGUGGACGACAUGGUGCUUCUUCCCCAGAUCACCGAAGACGCCAUCGCCGCCAACCUCCGGAAGCGCUUCAUGGACGACUACAUCUUCACCUACAUCGGCUCCGUGCUCAUCUCCGUAAACCCCUUCAAGCAGAUGCCCUACUUCACCGACCGUGAGAUCGACCUCUAUCAGGGCGCGGCCCAGUAUGAGAAUCCCCCGCACAUCUACGCCCUCACAGACAACAUGUACCGGAACAUGCUUAUCGACUGUGAGAACCAGUGUGUCAUCAUUAGUGGAGAGAGUGGAGCUGGGAAGACAGUGGCAGCCAAAUACAUCAUGGGCUACAUCUCUAAGGUGUCUGGCGGAGGCGAGAAGGUCCAGCACGUCAAAGAUAUCAUCCUGCAGUCCAACCCGCUGCUCGAGGCCUUCGGCAACGCCAAGACUGUGCGCAACAACAAUUCCAGCCGCUUUGGCAAGUACUUUGAGAUCCAGUUCAGCCGAGGUGGGGAGCCAGAUGGGGGCAAGAUCUCCAACUUCUUGCUGGAGAAGUCCCGUGUGGUCAUGCAAAAUGAAAAUGAGAGGAACUUCCACAUCUACUACCAGCUGCUGGAAGGGGCCUCCCAGGAGCAAAGACAGAACCUGGGCCUCAUGACACCGGACUACUAUUACUACCUCAACCAAUCGGACACCUACCAGGUGGACGGCACGGACGACAGAAGCGACUUUGGUGAGACUCUGAGUGCUAUGCAGGUCAUUGGGAUCCCGCCCAGCAUCCAGCAGCUGGUCCUGCAGCUCGUGGCGGGGAUCUUGCACCUGGGGAACAUCAGUUUCUGUGAAGACGGGAAUUACGCCCGCGUGGAGAGUGUGGACCUCCUGGCCUUUCCCGCCUACCUGCUGGGCAUUGACAGCGGGCGACUGCAAGAGAAGCUGACCAGCCGCAAGAUGGACAGCCGAUGGGGCGGGCGCAGUGAGUCCAUUGAUGUGACCCUCAACGUGGAGCAGGCAGCCUACACCCGUGAUGCCCUGGCCAAGGGGCUCUAUGCCCGCCUCUUCGACUUCCUCGUGGAGGCCAUCAACCGUGCUAUGCAGAAACCCCAGGAAGAGUACAGCAUCGGUGUGCUGGACAUUUACGGCUUCGAGAUCUUCCAGGUACGGCCCCCUGCCUCCAGCCCACAUCCUGUCCUCCCUGGGGCUGCCCAGGGUGGCCACAAGAACUUCCAGCACCAGGACAUUGAGGGAAGGACCCUUUUCCUCCUUCUGCAGAAAAAUGGCUUCGAGCAGUUUUGCAUCAACUUCGUCAAUGAGAAGCUGCAGCAAAUCUUUAUCGAACUCACCCUGAAGGCCGAGCAGGAGGAGUACGUGCAGGAAGGCAUCUGCUGGACUCCAAUCCAGUACUUCAACAACAAGGUCGUCUGUGACCUCAUCGAAAACAAGCUGAGCCCCCCAGGCAUCAUGAGUGUCUUGGACGACGUGUGUGCCACCAUGCAUGCCACGGGCGGGGGAGCAGACCAGACACUGCUGCAGAAGUUGCAGGCGGCCGUGGGGACCCACGAGCAUUUCAACAGCUGGAGUGCCGGCUUCGUCAUCCACCACUACGCUGGCAAGGUCUCCUACGACGUCAGCGGCUUCUGCGAGAGGAACCGAGACGUUCUCUUCUCCGACCUCAUAGAGCUGAUGCAGACCAGUGAGCAGGCCUUCCUCCGGAUGCUCUUCCCUGAGAAGCUGGAUGGAGACAAGAAGGGGCGCCCCAGCACCGCCGGCUCCAAGAUCAAGAAACAAGCCAACGACCUGGUGGCCACGCUGAUGAGGUGCACACCCCACUACAUCCGCUGCAUCAAACCCAACGAGACCAAGAGGCCCCGAGACUGGGAGGAGAACAGGGUCAAGCACCAGGUAGAAUACCUGGGCCUGAAGGAGAACAUCAGGGUGCGCAGAGCCGGCUUCGCCUACCGCCGCCAGUUCGCCAAGUUCCUGCAGAGGUAUGCCAUUUUGACCCCCGAGACGUGGCCGCGGUGGCGUGGGGAUGAACGCCAGGGCGUCCAGCACCUGCUUCGGGCGGUCAACAUGGAGCCCGACCAGUACCAGAUGGGGAGCACCAAGGUCUUUGUCAAGAACCCAGAGUCGCUUUUCCUCCUGGAGGAGGUGCGAGAGCGGAAGUUCGACGGCUUUGCCCGAACCAUCCAGAAGGCCUGGCGGCGCCACGUGGCUGUCCGGAAGUACGAGGAGAUGAGGGAGGAAGGUGAGAGAAUUCGGGUAAAUGGCGCGGGGUGGGGGCACAAGGACCUGGAGGAGCUGUGUCAGGAGCUCUGCCCUCCACCCUCUGUCCCCGCAGCUUCCAACAUCCUGCUGAACAAGAAGGAGCGGAGGCGCAACAGCAUCAAUCGGAACUUCGUCGGGGACUACCUGGGGCUGGAGGAGCGGCCCGAGCUGCGUCAGUUCCUGGGCAAGAGGGAGCGGGUGGACUUCGCCGACUCGGUCACCAAGUACGACCGCCGCUUCAAGCCCAUCAAGCGGGACUUGAUCCUGACGCCCAAGUGUGUGUAUGUGAUUGGGCGAGAGAAAGUGAAGAAGGGACCUGAGAAGGGCCAGGUGUGUGAAGUCUUGAAGAAGAAGCUGGACAUCCAGGCUCUGCGGGGAGUCUCCCUCAGCACGCGACAGGACGACUUCUUCAUCCUCCAAGAGGACGCCGCCGACAGCUUCCUGGAGAGCGUCUUCAAGACCGAGUUUGUCAGCCUUCUGUGCAAGCGCUUCGAGGAGGCGACGCGGAGGCCCCUGCCCCUCACCUUCAGCGACACACUACAGUUUCGGGUGAAGAAGGAGGGCUGGGGCGGUGGCGGCACCCGCAGCGUCACCUUCUCCCGCGGCUUCGGCGACUUGGCAGUGCUCAAGGUUGGCGGUCGGACCCUCACGGUCAGCGUGGGCGAUGGGCUGCCCAAGAGCUCCAAGCCUACGCGGAAGGGAAUGGCCAAGGGAAAACCUCGGAGGUCGUCCCAGGCCCCUACCCGGGCGGCCCCUGCGCCCCCCAGAGGCAUGGAUCGCAAUGGGGUGCCCCCCUCUGCCAGAGGGGGCCCCCUGCCCCUGGAGAUCAUGUCUGGAGGGGGCACCCACAGGCCUCCCCGGGGCCCUCCGUCCACAUCCCUGGGAGCCAGCAGACGACCCCGGGCACAUCCGCCCUCAGAGCGCAACACAGAAUUCCUCAACGUGCCUGACCAGGGCAUGGCCGGCAUGCAGAGGAAGCGCAGCGUGGGGCAACGGCCAGUGCCUGGUGUGGGCCGACCCAAGCCCCAGCCUCGGACAUAUGGCCCUAGGUGCCGGGCCCUGUACCAAUACGUGGGCCAAGAUGUGGACGAGCUGAGCUUCAACGUGAACGAGGUCAUCGAGAUCCUCAUGGAAGAUUCCUCGGGCUGGUGGAAGGGCCGGCUUCACGGCCAGGAGGGCCUUUUCCCGGGAAACUACGUGGAGAAGAUCUGAGCUGGGCCCUGGGAUUCUGCCUUCUCUUUCGCCCGCCUGUCUGCCUGCCUGGUGGGGAGCCAGGCCCUGCCAACGAGAGCCUCAUUUACCUGGGCUACAGUGGCCUCAAAGUCCAGUCCUGUGGCCUCCAGUCCUGCCCAGGCCCUGGGUCAGUGGGUCACGGCUGCAGCCCCUGCCCCUGGACCCUGGUCUUCCUCCAACAUCACACCUGCUGCCCAUUCUCCAUUUCUGCGUGUGUCAAAUGGGACUAACAGCAGAAUCUGCCUCCCAACUGCCAUGUGAUUAAGAAAUGGGUCUUGAGUCCUGUGCUGUUGGCAAAGUGCCAGGCACAGUUUGGGGGGGGGGUCCUUGACAAGCGUGACUUUGCUCAUUCUGUCAUCACUAAGGCAAUAAACGUUUGCCAGG